UUGAGCCACGUAAGUCUGGGUUUGUGUUGAAUCAUUGGUGCUGCUCCAGAAUCAUUGUUAUUGUCAUCAUUUCCGAGUGGAGCGGCUCCAGGUGAAAAACCUCUUAUUUAUUAGUUCGAGUCUGCUGUUGUCUCAUGAGAGAAUUCUUUUGCCAAUGUCAAACAUGAGUGGAAAUGUCGAGGAAGAUCUUGAACAGCUGGAACCGUCUGUGAGAAAUGUCAUUGAGCAGAAGUCACUCAGGUGGAUUUUUGUGGGGGGCAAGGGGGGAGUGGGGAAGACAACCUGCAGCUGCUCACUGGCUGUUCAACUAUCCAAAGUGCGGGAGAAUGUCCUCAUCAUAUCGACAGAUCCGGCCCACAAUAUCUCAGAUGCGUUCGAUCAGAAGUUCAGUAAAGUGCCAACUAAGGUCAAGGGUUUUGAUAAUCUUUUUGCUAUGGAGAUCGAUCCCAAUGUCGGGAUUACGGAACUGCCUGAGGAGUAUUUUGAGAAUGAGCAUGUCAUUGGAGGAGAGGCGAUGAGAUUGAGUCGCAAUGUUAUGCAAGAGAUCGUAGGUGCAUUCCCUGGCAUUGAUGAAGCGAUGAGUUAUGCCGAAGUCAUGAAACUCGUCAAAGGCAUGAAUUUCUCAGUAGUCGUCUUCGAUACAGCCCCCACAGGUCACACACUGAGGCUCCUAUCCUUCCCCCAAGUCGUUGAGAAGGGCCUGGGCAAGCUGAUGCGAUUAAAAAUGAAAAUUAGCCCAUUCAUAAGUCAAAUAAGCUCACUCCUCGGUAUGACGGAUUUCAACGUCGACACAUUCUCAAACAAGAUCGAGGAGAUGCUGGCGAUCAUAAGACAAGUCAACGAGCAGUUCAGAGAUCCUGAGCAGACGACGUUCGUCUGCGUUUGUAUAGCCGAAUUUCUGUCACUCUACGAGACAGAGAGACUUGUGCAGGAGCUGACGAAAUGCGGCAUUGAUACGCACAAUAUUAUUGUCAAUCAGCUGUUGUUCUUGGGCGAGGGCGACGUGCCUUGUAGAUUGUGCCUGGCUAGGCACAAAGUUCAAGCAAAAUAUUUGAGUCAGAUUACGGAUUUAUACGAGGAUUUCCAUGUCACAAAACUUCCACUGCUGGAGAGAGAGGUACGAGGUGUCAAUCACGUUAAAGAAUUUUCGGAGAAUCUUGUGAAGCCAUAUAAGCCUUAACCAAAAAUGAUGAUCUAAUGAUUGUCUAUCGAUUUUUGUAUAAAAUACAAUUUUUUUAUCAAACACUCCUUCUCGCCAUUCGCUGGACAAUAUUUAAUAAAAUUAAUUAUGCUGGA